ACACACACACCCCUCCUACCCCAGCUGAAGCUCCGCUAUCUUUAGCACGGCCACGGAUUAUCACGGUGCAGUGUUGUCUGACUGCGUCCGGGUGCUCGGCUUAACGGCGUGUUGAGUUGGUUCUGAAGCUAUCCUCGCCUUAAGAAAAAAACAAAAAAACAAAAAGAAAAACACAAAAAGAACUAAAGUGAUGGGGGAAUGACUACAACAUCCGUCACCGUAUGCGGUUCUCCGUCAUUGAGAAGACCCCGAGGAUGCUGCUACUCUCCUGCCCGCGGAACGGACGUCAGCGCCGGGCCUCGCUGCUGCUGCUCGCCGUGGUUGUGGUCUGUGCCGUUCCUGUCAGUACAAGCUUGCCAGGUAACUUGUAACAUUUUGAGCUAAAACAAGAAAAGCUGUCUAUCUAAGUUUGGCUUUGCUAAUUCCUAAAUAUCCCAGGAUUGUCUCAAAACUGAUAGUGAAUCUUCAUUGAUGACUUCGUGAUAAAUAACAAGGCAGGUGCUUACUUAAUCCUGGGAGGACUUUUGAAGUGAAGUACACUUGUUUUAUUCACUUUUUUAUUGCUUUUAAAGGAGUUUUCUUCUUGGUUAAGUAAUAUGGGAUGUCCCAUGAGUUCAGACAGCCGUUUUGGACUGGUUAAACAAGUAGGUUAAACAAGAACAUGAGGGAAAGACAGUGGUGGAAAAAUACACAUUUCCUUCCUUGUUAGAUUUCUCAGGUUGUUCCUUUCCUUGUGUACUUUAACGAUUUUAUCAUGAAUGUAAUCUGGCAAAAAUGUAAAGUAUUGAUCAAAAUUAAACGAUAGAUCCAUGCUUCAUUUGGUAAUCAUUGAUUUUUUUUUUUUUUUUUUUUUUAGUGUUUAAUCAAAUGUUACCUAAAUAAUAACCAAACAAAAUAAUGAUGAAGACAGAAAGAAAUGUUUUAAUCUUUAACAUUUUCUAAUAUUAGUUAAAUCACAUCAGUCUAUCACAGUCAGUGCUGCCCUGUGCGCCCUUUUAUGCCUGUAUGUAUUAGUGUGUAUGAAUUCAUGUUCCUGCUCAGUGAUGAUUCUGUCUGUGUGUUUGCGAGAUAAUCUCCCUCUCAGUUUUUUAAAACACAAACCCCUCUGGGAGAACCAACAGCUGGUCCGUCACAUGUAAUCUUUAGCCUUUAUCUCAAGGACACACAAAUGCAGACACUGCAUUUACAGCGAGACACAGAAAAUGUACUGCCUUUGCCAGGAGGCAGUCGUCUACACAUCGGGGCAUAGGUUUGAGUGACUUUUAUAGUUAAAGAGGACAUGAAACACUGACCCAAGUUAUCAUUAUUUUUAAGAGUGCCUCUGGACUUCACAAAUCACUGUUUUCAUGACUCUGAAAACGUAAUACAAUUCUAGAAAACUGUGACAGAAGUUCCACUUUAGCAGGGGAAACGUAAAGCAGUGCCACUUCAUGUGACGUGAUCGGUUGUGUAGCCCGCGUAUUGACAAUUGAAUGAGAGCAGAUUAGGAUAGCUGAAAUGGCAAAUCGAAGCCUAAAGACAAGUAAACUCACCAGAGGAGGGGUAUUUUGAAUAUAUGAACUUAGGCUGUGUCCGAAAUAAAUCACUCAAUCCCUAACCCCUAACCCUCAUAUGGGGUUUUACAAUAUAGUUGACUCUGUAGUGAACUCAAUUACUGGAGGUUUCGGACACUACAUGGCAAGACGCAAUGCAUGACGGGAUGCCCACCAUCGGUGAGUGACCAUGGGAUGGUCACUACAUUUUGCAGUGCUUUAUGGGAAAUUUUGAGUCGCCUAUAUAGGGCACUGGAAUUGAUCACUGAGGUUUCGGACACCCCUCAAAAUGACGCUAACCCCCAUAUAGUCGCCUAUAUAGGGGUUAGAAAACCAUUUCGGACACAGCCAUAGCGUUUUAUUUAUGGAGAGCAAGAGGGUGAGACAGCUAUUUCCUGUGACUUUCCUCUCGUCAUCGUCUCACAAAUCUGAGUUGUGCCUUUGUCAAUUUUAUCAUUUCAUCUCUGUUGCUUAAGUGUGGGGGAAAACAUGGUUAGAUUGAAGUUUCCGGGCAUCACGAUAGAAUCAUAUUUUUUUCUUACAUGGAAAUGAUGUUGACAAAGAUUCUAGUGCAUGUCUCAGAGGAAAAUUCAUUAGAGAAUUGUGUCACUGGUGGUCAGAGGUGUUUGCUGGUGUAAUAGGGGUGUUUGAAACCUGUGAAUGACGCUUGUUGGUGACAGUUCCAGCAUGUGGCCUGAUUGUUUCAGUGUCUUCUGAUGAAACAUUAAGAGGAAAUCAAAUAUGAAGUCUUGUGUUACAGCACAUGCUGCACAACCUUGCUUGGACUAGAAUAGCAUAUAACGCCGAGUAUACUCGAGGCGUCUUGCAUCCAAAAGCACAGUCAGUUUUUGCUGCAAGUCGGGUCUGCGUGAGAUUUUGCUGGAGUGUGAUAACAGCAUGAAGUGCAUAGUAAUCAGGUGGUUGAUUCAGCAAACAGCGACACAUCAUCGUGUGUAAAUAUGCCAGAAAGCUUUCACAGAACAUUGCCUUCUUAAGGAUGGAAGAAAUCCAAAGUCUCCAUAAACCCAAUUGAUUUCGUAAAUUAUGCGUAGUCUGCUGGCCAAGAAACAGAAUUCAUUAACUUAACAAGCUGCAUUUGUUGCAUAAUUCAGGCUCAGUGGAGCAGUACCAACAUAGUGUUUUUUUUUUCUUUUUCUGAAACAUAUUCUUAUUUUUGAUUCUCUUGCUGCUCUAAUUUUAGCAUUUCUCCGCCACUGAGAUAUCAUCUUCUUUUAUCAGUCUCCUAAUUCAGCCCAUUCAUUGUUGCUCUGCCACGUUGAAAUGCCAGGUUUGUCAUUCACCAAACCCACGUUGACAUGAUGUGAUUAAUAUUCAGAGAGCUGCUGCCUCCGGCCUUUUCUUCCACCAGGAUUAAGCUUUAACGAUUCAAAUCUUUCCAUGUCACACUCAGCCACUGGCCUCUGUGUUUUCAAUCAUGCUUUUUGCCCUGCAGGAAAAUGUUAUCUGUGUUUAGCGGGGAGCAAGAACAAUAAAAACUCACACACACACAGCUGAAGGACAUAAAGAUCACUGAGGCGAUGAUCAGGUUCAGAAGUAAUGAUCUCUGGCUCCCCCUGUGACCGGACUUCAAGCCGACCUGCAAACUUUAAUCCUGAGAGAGCAAGUUUCAGUUAAAAGGGCAUUUUAGUUUUCCUUCUAGUUCAGGAAGAUAAAUGGCUUUCAAACUGAGAGCUUCCAUCUUUCAGGGCCAGAUUCAUCACAUCUUUCAAAAAGUGUCUUUAACAGACAGAUUUGUGUUUUCUCAUACCUUACUUUGACAUAUGCGAACUUUCAGGAAUGUAAUUAGAAGCGAACGAAUGCUUCCUCUGGUUUUUAAAUGCAUCGAUUUGCCAGCUUGUGUGGUCUUUGUGUGAUGUGGCAUUACUUGUGUUCAUCUGUAAAAGGACAAAAAGCAUUAUAAACCAAUUAUACAGUACUGUUGGGGCUCUCACGGCAUCAUGACACAACAGCCAAGACUCACUGAUUGUAUUGAUCCGCCUCAUUGUGGUCCUGGCUUUCUCAGAUUGGUGGUCUGACAAAUGAGUGGUCAGCCGUGGCCUAUUUGUGGUGGCUAAAUCACUGCUCACUCUCUCUCUCUGUCUUUGCUGUGGAUUUGCUUUGUAUUCUGUGAUUCUCAGUGGCACUGUGAGGCUUUUGGGACUGUACCUCGGUUUUUACGGGGCGGAUGUCGUGAUGAAACGGAGCAUCAGAAAAUAGAGAGUGACUAUGUCAGCUUUGUGUGCAGCCACAUCCUCACUAGAAACUUACUCGGUAACCUAAUUCAAAAGGAAGCACCGAAAUGUAGGUGUGUGCGUACUGAGAAAGCUAUCUACACUCUGCUUCAAGGAAAGAUGGGUCAGCAAGUUCUGUAGAUUGCUUUAGCUUUGGGUUGUCUCUGGUAAAUGUCCUGUGGCACUUGUUACCUUUACUUGAUGGUAAUACUCUCUGGGGCGGCUGCUGCUUUGUGUCGCCCUUUUAUUGCCUUUUGUAUCAUAUUUGAUACUUUUGUGAUGCUUCUAUCAAAUCAAAAUUAUCAACAAAUUACUAAAAAAAACACUGUAAUACAGUCCAAUAAAUGAUCAAAUGUAAAUAAAUAUAAAAAUAAAAAUGUAAUAAAUAUAUUUUGUUAAAUUUUAAGGACAUUUUGAGUUUUUUGGUUUUCAGUAGUAAAUGAAAUAAACAUUUCUGCUCCAAAAAAUUAGAAUUUUCUGGCCAUAAUUUGUGGUUUCAGGCAUUAAAGGGACAUCUUCAUUGUGCUUUUGUUACUUAAGAUGUAUUCAAAAACGAAUUGUGGUUAAACUUGGGAAUUUUUCCACCUCUCAGAAUACCUGCAGUGCGUGUUUUACAAAUUUCGAUUGUGUUAUCCUCUGAAACGGUGAAAAACAUACUCACCACCGAAGCUGUUUUUACUCUCUCCUCAGCUUGUUGCAGCUGUGCUUGUUUUUCUUCUCUGUGAAUAACGGCAGAUUGCAAAUGAGUAAAUGAAAGAAACAUGUAUCUGCUGUUUUUGUGGAGUACAUUUGCAUAAUCAGAGUAAUAAAUAAUAAAAUACUCCAGUUUUCAGCUGAUAGUCUGUCCAACCCUGGUAAAAAUGUUUCAUAGUGAGAUGUUAUUUUAAAGGUAUUAUUUGCCUAAGUAGUCCACUAGUUGAUGCUGGGCUUUUGUAUCAUUCUUCAGAUUUUAUGAUUGAACCAGCACAACCAAGAAGGAAGUAGAAAAUAAACAGUAAAUAAGGAGCGUCUUUUGCGUCAACGUUGUUUCCAUCGUCUAAAAGCUCCUCAGUCUGUGUUCUGUUUGCUGCAGGGCGUCCAGCUCUGCUCCACUCUAAUGGUAACGACAAUGUAAUUAUGGCUUUGGCAGAACGUAUUGCAACAGAAAGACAAAUGACAGAUACAGGGAGCGAUAAGACGGAUGACUGCCUCACCAGAAACACACAAAGACCUGCAUUCCUCAGAGGAUGAAAUGUGUGACUUUUUAAAAUUCACUUCCUUUUCACCUUUACUUUAACCUUUACACCACCUGUGUGUUUCCUGCCUCUGCGUUAUGAUGCGUGCAGCUGUGCAUGUGCAAGUGUGCGUUUGCAAAUGUCUCUUAAACAGGUGCUAAGCCGUGCCCCAUUUUCCACCAAACCCUGCAGCAAAAUCGAACAUGUAGAUGUCAUUGCAUGAGAUAAUGGUGGGAAACUUCCCACCUACAUAACACCAGCAGACUGAAACUGAUAUUGCAGACAGUUUCCACGCAUCCUGCCAUCUGAUUCUGUCUGAGGGUUUCUGACACAGCUUUCUCAGAACGCAGACGAUCGAAAAAUGAUGUGGGGGAUUUUUUUUUUUCAGUCAGAGCUGACGGAGCAAUUUCGCAGCCCUAAAAGGAAUCCUAGUUGAAAAGGGUUUUAGACUAUGGCAGCUCAGCCCUAAGCCCCUCAAAAUGUCCUAUUUCCAAUGAUCCAGAUCAUUUGGCCCAACAAGAAUCUACCCUUUCAGCGCCCAAAUGGCUCUUCAUUCACAUACUAGAGCUGUUUGAACUGACAUCACUUGAUCCUAGGACUGGGCAUUCUGGAAAAAAAAAAAUUAUCACGAUAUAUUUUGUCAUAUCGUCCGAUCUCGAUCAUUAUCACGAUUUUUUUUUUGUUUAAACUGCCAGUUUUAAAGCAUCUGUGCUAAAAACUAAAGAAACUACAGAUUAGUUCAACAUUUUAUUAACAUGCAAAGUAAAUUUAAAAGCAAAUUGAAUAAAAUAAACAGAAAAAUAAAAAAUAAAAACAUUUUAACUCAACAGAACAAAAAAUGUUGAUGAAUAUUAAAUUAUAAAGUGACCUAGUCAACAGUCCUGAGUGUUUUUGCAGGUAUGCAAGACCCAAAAUAAACAAAUUGCCCCUUAUAAUGUGAACAUUAAAUGAUAUAAAAGUAGAUGAUAUGAUUGAUUGCUGCUUUGGUCUGGUAGCUGCACCGCUAGUUGUGGCUAAACUGCUAAUGCUACUUGUGCUGUCAUCAGUGGCAGGAUGUGCAGACUUCGCUCGCAUUUCCGUGCUUUCCGCAUAAUCACUUUGGAAGUACUUCUUCAAAUGAUUAAACAGAUAUGUUCAGUUACUGGUUUUUGAGGGCACCCACUGCUGACACUUUGGAGAUACCCGAACCACCGCCACAAAAUCGUUGUUGAGUAACUUUUCUUCUCAACAAUUACAUCUUUGGAGGAUGAUUCAAAGUCACGGCUGACAUCUAUUUUGCUGCCUCAGCUUCGCGUUUAGCUCCACGUUCGGUCAUUCUGUUUACUUCUUCAGCGACUAAGUUAGCAGGAAAAGCUUGACUCUGAUUGGCUGUUGAGAUGCACAAUUUUUCGCUAUGUUUGUCACAGCUGAUCACUGUGAUUGAACUGAAAUUUAUCACGAUCGUGUAAUCGCCCAGUCCUACUUGAUCCUCUAGCUCAGUGUUUCUGUCUGCUGCCACAGUGCUGCAGUGAAAUCAGAAACUGAAGUUAAUGGAAAUUUGAUGGUUUCCUGGUUAAGGAACAUUCUGGUUAAGUUAUGAAAAAGUAACUCCGAUAAUGAACGCCUGGACUUCGCACCUCCCAGUAGGCAGAAAAACCUGUGACACUGAUCAGUGUAAACAUACUCAUAGUCUAGACGUCAUACUGCUGGUUCCCUCCCCUCGAUUGAUGCCAAUGGAAACAGCUCAUUAGACAUCUGUUUGUUUUUGUCAUUUGACAGAGACAUGGUGGACAAACAGGCGUAUGUUCACAUGGUUACACAGAAACCCUAACACAAAUACACGCACAUUAAUACAUACUCUAUCCCGCCGUGUGGUUCAGUAUCAAGUGAAGAGCUUAAAGCAGAGCUCUCUAAUGUUUCCACUUGAUUUGGAGUGUUUGGCUUACUUCCUGUCUGUUAUCUUGACACACACAAUGGGAGCGUCUGACCCUCCCGGCCUACCCAUUUCCUGCUUCCUUUGCUAAAUUUCUCCACCACCAAAUACACAGACGUGCACAGAUUAUCACAGAUUGGUUGACACUUGUUGUAUUGUAUCUGUAGCACAGCUUGAAGGAGCACAAGUUAGCAGCGACACAAUGAGUGUGCAGUGCAGGAAUCUUUCCGGCAGAUCUGCUGCUGCAGCACACAGCCUGGUAACAGCAGCAGCAGAUGGUUAAAAAAGUCCCUUUUCACUCGUUCCAAGGACUUUUUUUAUACCUGUGUUACAUAAUGUUUUCCACACCUCCAGUGUCCAUGAAAUGACCUGAUAUACUGCAGCACUAAGCUUAUUCUUUAUCAACCUCUUUGUUUGUAGUUUCCCUUCCUGCUGACUUGAUUGAGCUCGGUAAUUAGCAGCAGCAGCAGCAGCCCUGAUCGUGUGGGAGGCAUGUUGAGAGGCCAACUCCUACUUGACAUUCACCUCUGUGGCUCCUUUGUUAUGCUGGUAAAUAGAUUUGAGCUGCUUCAUACGGUUAUAAUGAUGAGCCUCUUUAUUGGUUCAGUUGUAGUUUUAUCAUCUAUAAUCUCUAAAUGUGAAAGCAGCAUUUGUUUGAUGUUAACGGCUGCAGCUUGUCUCUCAUUUUCACACUUUCUUUGCUUUUUUCUCACCCUCAUUUUCUUGUCGUCAUCGCGCCUCACACAGUCUUUACCAAGCUCACGUACAGCAGGUUUGCGUCUGACUGUGGUUAUGGAUGUGCGUGUGUAAGGGGAAUAAUUAUCUACUAUCAUGCGACUGUAAUUUGUUCCACCAUAUGAACUUUCUAUGUGAUGAUUAACUGGUAAGGAGCAGAGAUGAUACUUUUAUAGUCCUGAUUUGUGUACGUUUUAAGGUUAUACAGUGCAUUUGCCUUACUAAAGAAAGGAUUGAUCGGCUCUUCUUUUUUUGCCCCAGAUAUCAGUGAUUAAUUUGCUGUUGGAUUUGCAGAUUGUCAAGUAGGGGUGGGAGAGAAAUCGAUUCACAUAAGUAUCGCGAUUUUUUGUUUCACAAUUUUUAAAUCGAUUUUUAUUUUCAAAAAUCCUUUUUUUCUUCUUCAAAUUAAGAAUUAAUCUUAAAAACUGACUUCCAUAUGAUAUGUCUUCUUUGGGCAAAUAUGGUUCCUGGAAUAGUCAGUAGACAAUUGUAAUCAUUCAACUGAUGUUGAAAAUGCAGACUAAAAAUCGCAAAAAUCAACAAUAUUGUGGAAUCGCAAUUUAAAUUCUGUCUGUCCUCAUCAGUGGCUAUUGUGCUGAUAGAUAACACAAAUAAAAGUUUGUUUUGAACGGAUUCUGUGGAAUGACUCACAUUGAUUGUAAUGCUUGGGGAUUUGAUCCACUGGCCGUGCCGGAGCGGAGCCGUUCCGAAUCCUGUGGGUUUUGCCCGUAUUUCUGAACAUCUUUGUGAAACUAUAAGAGCACUUUUCAAUGCAGCCAAAAACUGCAAUGCGUGACUAAUUUCUGCUUCUGUGCCACCAACUCUCUUUCAAAGACUGACCCUGACUGAGACACAGUUUCGUCUGGAGACAAAGGACUUAUAAAAAGAUGACUAACAGUAUGACACAUCUAAUUGUAGCAAUCAACACUUUUUGGGUGCAAAUCUUCACUCAGUAUCUGAAUGAGAAAAACAUGUUAUUUGUGUUUUUCCACAGUGUUUUUGAUUGUUAGAGGCCAUGGUGCUUUCAGCUAAAUGCUCAUCUCAGCGUACUGACACACAGAUUUAGCAGUAUUUUGAUUUACUAAAUUGGGAAUAAGGUAUAUGUUGGUUCAGUCUAGAUAAACUGGCUGGUUUGAUAAACUAUACUCAAUUUUGACAGUUUCCAGAGUCUUUUCUUACCUACAGCUGAACUGAGCGUCUUGAGAAAUUAGAGUCAAUAAGAUGUUUUCAUCAGACUUGAGCUCCACCAUCAUAGUUAGUUAGUUGGUUCUCAUCUUGCCAAUUUUUGUUGGAGUGCUCAUUUUUCAGACAAGUUGAGGUUUGAGGGUUUAAUAUGGCUUCAUUUAGAUACGAGGAUAGAACGGGAUGUGUCAUCCGUAUUUACAUGUACUAUUGUUGAGCGUUUUUGGGCUUAGACUUGAAAUUAUUUUACAAAUCAAAGCUGAUCAGUGGUUAAAUGAGUUGAAGUUUGUAAGCCAUCACAUAUUAUUCUACUGUUGGCUUUUGGAAAAAAAUAGAUAAAAAACAAGAGCUUGAUGUACCUUUAUUUUUUUUUCCCAAAAUGGAUCACUUUUUUGGGAUAAAUUGUUAUUUUCAACAUUGUAACCAGAAUCACUCCUGAUUUUAUUAAUCAGUGCAUCCUUAGAAAGCAGUUUAAAGAUCACUGAAUCAAAAAGAGGAUAAAUUGGCUAACAUUUGAGCAGUUUUCAAACAAUAGCAUCAAGAAAUUGACCUUUUUCUUCACCAUAAAUGAAGGAGUAUGAUAGAUAAGAGGACAUGUUUUUCAAAUUGGGAUGGUAAGUUUAAUAAAUACAAUCUGUUUUUAAAAAAGGCCAGUCUAAGCUCUGGAAAGUUCUGAACAAUUUUGUGGCUAACAAAAACGAGAAUAAGAUUCAGCCGUAAAAUAACUUUUCCACAUUUUUGGGAGCAACUAAGACUCUGUCCUUUGGAUUCUCCCAGCGAUGUUGUGCAAGAUGUGUUACCAUACCAUCAACCGUCAUUUCUGCGGUAACUUCAAGGAAACAAACAAGUCAAAUUUUUAUGUGUGAGGGGCUUUUGCAUGCUUAGUCUAGGGGCUUAGUCUAACAGCAUGCACAUGCUGCAGACACGUGCCGAUUUUCAACUCCACCCCAGAGGAGCUCCUCCAGUCUAUGAGCUCCUCACAUUAAGUCACAUAUCUAAUAAAACACUACAGGAACAGGUCCGUACUCCCGGUGGCCCCUCUUAUUUCCUCUGAGGUUUUUGGGUUUAUAACUGCAUUCAAUGAGGACACGUGAGAACAUGGGUUAAGGGUUUGGUACCUGGAGGGAAAUUGAAGGAGGCACAGGGCAUGUAAAAAUAGAAGACCAUUGGGGGAGACAGAGACAAUGAUUAACUAGGUGAACGAUCUUUAAUCAGCAGUGAAGAGCUUGGCACAAAAGUACCUUCCAAUGAAAGAGACGUGAAAUAACUUGGCAAUGUUGGCAACAGAAGACGGGGCCAACACAGAGAAGACAGACAAGACAUGGGAACAGGAAAAACAUACUGCAAUGAUAUAAACUAAAUAAACCAUUUGUCUUCAGCCGCAGAUGUAAUAAAUGCUCUUCAUGUCAGAUACAACAACAGACAAGGUUCUCAGAUUACACCUGCGUCACUUGUCUGCACAGUCCCUGAGGCAGAAGCAGCCAGUGACACAAGGAUAUGAGAAUACGUGGCUCUGCAGUCUUAUGGUACAGCUGAGAUGAUGCAUCUACACAUAAUGUAUGUGUGUGGAAAAAGUAUGAGAGUGUGUAUACCUAAUGUGUGUUUACACACUUUUAAUGCUGUUGAAAGUUCAAUAUUUUCACCGGCAUGUGUGUCCAGUUCUGUUUGUUUGAGAUAACGCUGCAACAGGUGGUGGUUUAUAUAACAUUUCCAUCUUUUUACAUCAUUAGCUGGCUUAUGCCAAGCAUCACCAAGUAAUGCCAGAUUAUAGUAGAAAUACGGGAACAAGGAGAUGUUGUCAAAAGAGGUUUUUUAUAGUUAAGGAGACACACUGUUGAUGCCUCUGUGAGACCUACUAGACCAUUAGCUACAAAAGUGACUGUAGAGAUAUUCUUAAUACCUGUUUCCACCACCACCUGGAUGGAUUGACAGUCUGAUUUCUUAAAUACAUCUAAAUAGGGGUGUCCUGAUACGAUAUCGGUCUGAUAUCAGCAAGAAUUCAAAUAUUGGAUUAUAUCAGCCUGCAUCUAAAAUCUCCAAUAUCAGAACUCCGAUACAGACAGUCCAUUCCAGACCCUGCUCCGGCACCUCUAUCUAGCAGCACACGGAUCCAGCAUGUAGAGCCCAUGUAAUCACAACAACAGUGAGUACUAAGGUGCAAACAAAGAACCAAGGAGUAGGAGUGAUGUCAGCCCUGUGGCAGUAUUUUUUAUUUAAGUCCGAAAAGACGUUCCAGCUGAGUGCAAAACUUGCCAUACACAAGUUUGUGCUAAUAUCAGAUCAAUAUCAGUAUCUGCCAAUAUUGACGGCUACAAUAUCUGUAUCCUAUCAGAGGUAAAAAAAUUGUAUCUGGACACCCCUACAUAUAAACAUAUUAGUCCGACUGAUAUUACACUGACUUCUCAUACUGUUGUUAAGAAAACCGAUUUAUCGCCUAAAUCUGGCUUCUCAGAGCUUGACCAACACACCUAGAUAAUGCAGUAGGGGAUUGAUUUUCUCCGUUGUGCAUUAUGGCUCAAUCAAACAGAAACUGGCCUCAGCGUUCUGCACAUGCUCCGUGUUGACACGCCCAGCUUUGAGUUGAGCGACAUGGAUGUGUCACUAGGAAGCCGGGAAGCAAACAAAACCUCAACAGGUAAAGACAGGACAUAAAAUAGUUUGGAUUACAUACUAUGCAUUGUACUGUAGAUACACUCUACUGAUGGAGGGGUUGCAAUGAGUGCUUCAUAAGUGUACACAUUAAGUAAAAACCCUCUUCUUCUACCUGCACUUAAUCUCUGCAGCACUUCUCUGCACCCUCAACGUCACAUCUUUUCUACAGGCCCUGUUGCCAUGGAGGUUAUUGAAAUUAGCAGUCCUCUGUCUUGAACGGUCCUCCCUUUUAAAAAAGUUAGGCUAAGUAGGAAGAAAUAGCUGCACUCUGCAAGAAGAUUUGCUUAUGACUAGGGUGAGUUCUGAUCUAUUAAUGCCACGUCACUCAGUCAGUGGAGGGAAGUACAGUGGAUGUGGUGUAAAAACUCUGAUAAAAGUGGGAGUGUAAACAACCCGGCACCUUUAGAUUCACACAGCCCUCACCUUUGAGACCCAGUUAUCCUCAACAGUUCUGGGUUUAUCCACCUUAUUUCACCUCCUGUCUGUUAUGCAGGAUUUUCUCUCACUGUGCGGUUCACCUUUAGCCGGCCCCACCGUGCAGCUCUGCUGGCGCUCAUUAUCUGCUCUGAUGGAGUCCCUGCGCUCCACCUGCCCUCGGCUACCCAACACACCUGCUGUGAUUGUGUGACCCACUUCUUUGUCUGUGUGUGUGUGUGUGUGUGUGUGUGUGUGUGAGUGUCUCAAGCUGUGCAUGUGUGUUUGUGUCUGUGCGUAUAGCUUAAUUCAGUGUUUGGACUCAGUUGUGUCAAAGUAGCGUAAUCAGGUCAGCUGAUUAUCUAACCAGUCGAUCUGUGAGAGAGCAGCUGCUGGUCACUGUCUUCGCAUUCAUCCUGUUCCUGACUGACUCAUGCGUCAAUUAGGUGGAGCUCAUUAUGUUAUGCAGAGCAGAAAAUAACUCGGAAUAUCUCGGCUUUGCUUCAGACAUUGUAAAGCAUAAGUUUAACCACAAUCAGUACAGAAGGUGUCACACCAAAGUUGAAAUCUUUUUAUUUGAACUAGGUUAAGCUGUGAUGCAAUUCUGACAUCAGCAGACGCUUCGUUACAGGUCAUCGUUUAAGUGCGCUGAAGAGCUGAGACCUCCACAAUAAAAGAAAUGUGGUUUGAGAAGCUGAAACACCUCUUACUAUGACUGUUCCUGUUUAACUUUAUAAUCAAAAAGUGUUAUUAACAAUUUUCACAUGUUAGCUGUUGAAUUUAAACAACAUGCUCAGAGGGGGAAGUUCAGAAACGUUUGUAGCGUUGGUAUGUACUGUUGCCUUUCAUGCACUGGUCUCUUAUGUUGACAAUCAUCCAGCUCAGCACUAACUUUUUUUAUUUGCUAUUAACACAGCUUUCCUCUUGUUUUACCUCCUCAAAACUGAAAGAAUAUAUUGUUAGAAGGGGUGGGAAUCACUAGUGGCCCCACGAUACGGUAUUAUCACAUUACAUGGGCCACGAUACGAUAUUAUCACAAUACGAUAUUAUCACGAUACUUGGGCCACGAUAUGAUAUUAUCACGAUCGAUACGGUAUUAUCACGAUACGAUGUUAUCAUGAUACGAUGUUAUCAUGAUACGAUAUUAUCACAAUACUUGGGCCAAGAUACAAUAUUAUCACGACAUGAUAUUAUCAUGAUUUUUAACAUUUUGCAAUACAGUGAGUAUUGCGAAAUUUAUACAAUUUUGAUUUAUACAAUUUUUUCAACUGUUAAGCUAAUUUAGCAUUUGUCUUUCCUUUAUAUUUGUAUUAUUUACACAGUAUUUUAUUGUCAUGUAGCACAUCUUGCAAACCCUCUAUAUAUUUGUUGUACUAACUUUCUCCUGCUCUUUGACGUCACCUCUGCCAACUUCACUGGACAAACAGUUGAUUUUACUUUUCCAUUAUCAUAGAUUUAACCUCAUAUUAGCAAUUAAUUUGAAAAAUUGAUACUUGGUUGUUAUAUCACUAGACAAAAUAUCACAAUACUAUGCUGUCACGAUUUUUUCUCUAACCCCUAAUUGUUAGCAUCUUUCUUAAGAAUAUUUGUGUCAGGAAAUGGCUAACUGCUAUUAUGAGCUGAUGUGCAUUGGCAGUAAGUGGACUCUCAAAUGUUAUUAUGAACUUCAAAUACGGUCAGAUGCCUCACCCAGAGUUUCACGAGCAGUUUCUCUUUCAGACUAUAAUCAGUGAGAAAACUGUAGUGUGAUAUAAAGUGUCAGAUUCCCUGGUUUCAUACAAAUCACUGCUUAAAGACAUAUGACCUUGUCAUAUUUUUGUUUUAUUUAUACAAAUAUCUAUAUUUUUUAAUGUUCUCUAUUGCUCUUAUCUUGCAGUUUUAUGUUGCUGCUCUUACUCUGUAAAGUGUCCUUGAGUGUUCAGAAAGGCGCUUUUAAAUAAAAUGUGUUAUUAUUAUUAUUAUUAUUAUUAUUAUUAUUAUUAUUAUUACUAGUCUGUAGCUUUAUGGCAUUGUAAUGUAUAAGCUUCUCACGUCGACUAUAGUGACAAAAAAAUGGCUGAAUUAUGUGUCGAGACACUAACGCUGUUUUCUCUCUAUUUCUCUUUCUCUCCCUUCCAGCUCACAAAAGGUGCCCGUCUCCCAUAGACUGUGCGGAAGAGGGUCGUGAACGCUGCAAGCUGGGCUCCAACCGCUGUGGCCCCUGCUUCGACCCACUGGUGGAAAAUGAGGAUGGAAUGUGCGUGGCGAGGAGGAAGCACCAUCAGUAUGGUAUGAUCUGAAACAUAACAUGGAACAACAUAACAAAUAUAUUCCUGGAGUACGGCAUCAGGUUCAGUGAAGGCCUAAAAGACUUCAACGAUAGUAACCGAUGUUUCUCAUCAGAAUCAAAAGUAAGGAAGGGAAUAAGAGCAACUGUAACUGGCUGUAUGCAUGGUCGGCACAUGAGCACUAACCUGAAGAUUAAUUUGGGUUUCUGGUCAAGAUGGUGGAACUAAUAGUGACCAAAGAUUUUUAAAAAUAGGAUCAAACGUUAGCGGAAACAUGGCAAUCGCAAAAAACUAUCAGCCAAAUAGUUAUUUUUCAAAAGAUUUUGUCAAUCACUGCAUCCCUUUCAAAGCAUAUACUAAAAGGUUUGAAGCAGGAGCUGCGUACAGACAACUGAAAAGUUUGGCAUUUUUAGAAAAGUCAGUAAAUAAAAGAAUAUAUUGACAAACAUAUUGAUUAUCAUUUUCGCUGCACUAACUCACAUAUAAAAUGAACAAAGAGCUAGGUUUUGCGUUUUCUAAUCCCAGCCUCAGUUCCUGUUAGAUAACCUGCUUAAGUUUUAAAUGAGAUGCAUCGAGUGCCUUCCUCCAGCUGUAAUCAAAUUAUCAGUGUUCUUGUACAUGCACUGACUGACUCACUGUCACUUGUUCCCUUUGUUGUCUUUAACACCCGUGCUUCACAUUCAUUCUCUGUCACUGCUUGUUUUCUUUCGAGUUGAUCUGCGUAUCCUGUGUCCUACAUCUCUCUUCCACUCCCCCUCUUUCUUUCUUAUUGCCUAUUGAUUCUGCGGGCUCCUUCUCCUCCCCUGUCGGUCUCAGUUUGAUCUCUUUAUUUCUUUACCCCUCUAUCUGUUGCCUUGACUUCAAUUUGCUCUUUUCCCGUUCAGACCUCUCCUCUCUUUAUUCCUGCCGUGGUCCUGGCUGUCCCUUCCUCUCACAUGCCUGUCUCUGACCACUCUACUGCAGUUUGAUCCUCUGUGUUUUUUUAAUCCAGCCUUGCCCCUGCUAGGUCUGCAGCACACACACACACACACACACACUUCCAUGCACACAAACACAGCCCUGCACACUGACAGAUUUAAUCACUUAGAUGACAUGCAUCUCCCUCUCAACCCCCUCUCUCUCCCUCCCACUCCUGCCCUUCAUCCUCAUCUCUGACUCUAAUGUCAUUCGAUGAAAAGAGCCGAGCAGCAAAAAUAAAUCUUAUUUUUCUGAUUUCCAUGGCAUGACAUCAAGCCGCUGGCACGCAAACAAUAUUUCAAGACAGGGCUGCAGAAAUUAGAAAGAGAAAUGAAAAUAUCUGGAGUGCACUGGCUUGCUUCUGCACGUGUGUAUGUGUGUGUGUUUUGUGUCUGUAAGUAGGCACGUGUUUGUGUGUCCCCUGCAGGAUUAAUAAUUUAGAUGGGUCUGCAGCUGGAGAGGAAGGAUAUAGCACAAACUUGGCUCGAAUUAUUGGCGGCAGCAUCAGAGAGAGGCAAACACGAGAAGGAGAUGAGUGCGGAUUUAUUAAAGAUAGAGGUCAGGGGAAAGGGUUUUUCUGUGCGGUGCAUACACAUGUUGUUAAGGCGUGUGCUGUGAAUCCAGGAGAUCACUAUAGCUUUGGAUAAGCUCUCUAAAUGGUUACAUAAACCCCCCAAAAGACCACAGAUCCCAGUGAUGAUCUGCAUUGAAAAACAACUCUUCUUGCUGUCACAUGCACACGUGCAAACCAAAAGCAACAUGACAUGCCAAAUAAGCAUAAAAAUGGCUGCAGUUCCCGCCUCCUUUAUUUACCUUAUUUGUUGUGUUUGAUUUGGCGGGGACAGCGUACAUCCCUCAGUGCUUUAAAACACAACAAAGUGCAUCAACUGCAUCGUUUGUUUUGGAGCAUGACUGACUGAAACCACCUCCCUCCAUCAUGUCAGUGAGGAUAAAGCUGCUGUUUUAGGACUUAAUGACCUGAUUUUGUUAUAUUUAUGUGUGCUAAAAAAAGCAUGGACAAAUCAAAUGUCAUUCAGUCUGUUUCUUUUUAUCUGCCCCGCGCUCACAGUUAUACAGAAGCUCCUAACUAACUCUUGGUUUGUCAGCAAGGACAUCAGGAAAAAGUGCCUUUUUGUUCUUUUAAUAUAAUUUCUACCUUCAGUCUUAUGAAACCACAUCCCAUCAUCAGCGGGCUGACUCACUGGCACAGCAGUAUGCUCUGAUUUUUAUCUUUUCAGCUGUUUCACAGACAGAAGGGAGGUGAUAAGAUAAAGCGUCUCUCUCUUGCGGUUACAGAUAAUAAGAUGCUGAGAUUUUAGGUACGAGUCUGUGACUUUUCAAUCAUUUCUGUCUUAUAAAUCCAUCGAAUGAGAGUCAAAAAGUUGUUUGACAUUAAGUUAGAGUGUAAAACAGGUCUUAACUCUGCAAAGGGCGAGCUUUUUUUCUCUCUGAUUGUCAUUACUUGUAUCUGUGGUUAGAUUAUCUCACAAUGCCAGACCCCACUGCACUUAUAGUGAUAUAAUACAAGCCUGUUCCCUUCUCUCACGUCCUCUUUUUCAUAUCCUGCGCUCAAACAUAAUAAAUCAAAUCCCCUCCAUUGUAUUUUUUUUCUACAGCACUCGCAUAUGUUUGUUUAUCACGUCCAGUUACUGUCAAAAUGAACAUGAGGUGAUUUUGCCGUUAAAAUCUGUGGAAAUCUCUGCUCUGAGUCUGUCAGGUAUUUCUCAUUCAGAGAGAAUCAAAGUGCACAGUAGGUAAAAGAAGUAGAAAAGAAGAAGUAGGACCUGUUUGUGUUUGACAUGUAGGUGUGCACUACCAUCGGUAAACAUACAGUGCACCUCCGAGUCAUUGCUUUGUUCCGAGGCCACACAAACAGACAGUGUGUGUUCUCAAUAUGCAGUUUAAUUGUAUGUGCUAAAGGCAGGGCUGUCUCCAUGAAGCCGGCGUUUUAUAGAUUGCCCUUCACUUCACUAUCUUCAUGUCGCUCUUUUUCUCAGACAUAUGGACUCGGUUAGUUCCCUCUUUUUCUCUAUGUGUUUACCUUUCACAUGAUGUAACAGACCUGUUCCUAGCAGCUGUCUGAAUGUUUCUGCAAUAAACAAGGGAAAGAAAAUGUCCCGUCCCAGUUCAGACCAAUAAUUAGACCAAUAAACAGGGUUGUUAUGCAAGUAUAGAAAGUAUGGAAGUAAUGUGAUCAAUUUACAGGUCUUAAAAAAGUAUGGUAAAAGAAAAAUGAAGUAUGGAAAAAUAUUUAUGUUAACAGACUAUAUUACCACAGUUAUAGAAUAGUGUUUUCUAAAAUAGAAAAGUAGGUGUUUCCAAUAAUAACUCCAAAAAGUAGGGUAUGGAAAAGUAUGGAUAUUCCAAUUGUGUUGGAACCCUGAAUAAGGAGCACGGCUUUCUAACAACGUUGUUUAAUGCACUUUCACAAUGGAAUUCACCAUUUAGGAUUCAUUUUUAGGCUUUGAUUUUUAAAAGUCACCUAUAAAAAGUAUAAAACUUAUUUGAGCUACAGUUAUAAGUUAGUGUCUAACUUUUUGGGGGAGUGUCAUGUCAUCAUUCAGCAUCAAAUCUGUGAAAAUAAAAGGAAAAUCGGGGGAAACUUGGGUUUAUUUGUGACUGAAAGCUGUCGUUUUACUUCAGUAGUUUUGUCUGUUUUGAUAGGGUACUUUUCAUAGCGCUUUUUAACCAUAAGAGAAGCACAGUUAAUUGGUGAAAAAGUGUCAAUCUACUGCUCCAAGAGUUUAUGUUGCUUUAUUAUAAGUGGACUAAGUUCUGAUCAGACAAAAGUUUGAAAAAGAGUUCAUCUGGGGUUAAUGGCGGAGUUAACUUUGCUCUAUUUCUCUGUGUUUUUGUCGUUGAAAACAGGAUAAGAAGGGAAACUUUUAAUGGAAGGUAAAUAGUGUCCUGUAUUGACUCAAAGCUCUGCAGUCAGCUGUGACUAAGUUUUUAUAACAGGUUGGAGGAUGACUCAGUGCUAUGAUUACCAAAGAGACACAACAUCACCUACUUUAGUUUUCAUCGUCAGAAAUUCUUUAUUCUAAAAAGAGACAAAAUAAUGAGGUAAAAAGAGGUUUCUGUCGAAACUGGGAAUUAGUUUAUUCAGUCCUGCAGUCUUUUUGUCCGACUCCAGACUCCUCUCAAAGGGGCACAUUUUAGAUUUCCCACCAGAGGGCAGCAGGACACACUCAGGCUCUUUCUCAAAACAGACCUCCUUCACUGGAGCGCACUUCAUUUAAAGCUGAAAGGAAGGAGCCCCACAGAUAGAGCUGCAAGAUUUAAGACCAGUCCCAUUCACUGAUAUGGGAUGGGAACUUUAUGUAACCAUGGUUACAUGUCAAACAAAUUAUUAGCAGGUUACAUAAAACUUAAAGUGGUGGGCCCUUCGCAUCAAUACAUGAAUGGAGGGAAAGUGUGUAAGCUGGGGGCAUAUUGGAAAGAUUCUGGUUAUCAAUCGAUUAUAUCUGUAUAGGAGAGAAUCUGGGUCAUCCUUAUGUCUGUAAAAAGUUUCGAGUGUAGCAACAAGGUUAUAAAGUUGUCUGUGUGGUUUGGGGGCAGGCAGGAAGGGUGUGAGUGUGUGUGUAUGCAGGGAAAUGUGAAUGGUUUUUAAGUGGGAAAAGAGGACAGCACAGAUGUGUGUGACCCUCAAUCCCUGUUGAGCUGUUUACUGUUUGUUUGUUGUACCCAACAGCCCCCUGGGUGCCUCUCAAGAGGUUAUGGGUCAUUAUCAAGUCGGUGACAAAACUCUCCUAUACAGGGAGGUGUGUGCAUGCUUAGUGAGUGUGUGACAAACCACACACAUGCACACAAUCGCUUUUUUUUUAAGGGGAAAUAACAACUUUAGCUCUGGUAGGCGCCUGAGGAUUUCUCUAUCAAUGAUUAUAUUUUGAACCCUUAUUCUGCGCUCGUCUUUGUUGGAUCCUCCUCUUAAAUUCAAACCUGUGUCACGACAUGCACCCGGAGAGAGCCCACUGACACAGUUGGAGCUCGCAGCCACCUGCAAAGUACAGAUGGUGCGUCCCGCCUCCGCAGACACCUGCUAUGGAGUGCACUAAAUGGCCAUCACUAGAGGGGGGGGGGAGAAAAAAAACAAAGCAGGCAGUGAAAGUGCUGGCAUGUCAUAUCAGACAGAUUAGCUCAGCCAGAUGGCUAACCUUCUGGGGUGACAGUGACGGUGUAAUCAUUAAUGCUGAAUAGGUGGGUGUUCCGUGUUGAAAACAUGUUUUUGAUUUACUGGCGCUCGGAUAUCAUCACACUUACUGGCUCAUUAAUAAAAAUUACAGCUCACUAACAGACUCUAAAUACCCAAUUUUUGUUCCCAAUUUCUUGUCUUAUAACUUUCUCUUUUACCGGUGAUGAUAACAAGCAGCUACCACUACUUGAUCAAUUGCAGGGUAACUUUAUGAAGGGUAAACAGCACUUUGAUCACCUCCAUUAGCACUAAGCUAAGGGAUCUAUUGUGAAACCAGAGCCCAGUGAGACUGAGGUUGUGCUGAUUGCUCCUGUCCCCCCCCUGCGGUGCUUCCUCCCUGGCCACACACACAUACCGCCCCUGGUCACCCUGGAGACCUCAGCAGGAAUGUAGCUCCCUGUCUGGCUAUAAGGGACGUUAACGACAGUUUAGUGUUGUCUCCCUGUUUUUUAUCAGCCCACAAACGAACAACUCACAUGGACACAGUCCCUGUCCAUCACCCUGAAAAACACGUUGAGGCUCUGCACAGCAUACUUGUGUCUUCUUGUGCUUACUACAUCCUCACUUUAUGCAAAUAGUUUCACAUUUUGCACUAACAUGAAAGUGGACAAAACAAAAGGCUGCCAUUUGGCUCAUGGAAGAGAAACAGGGGCAACUUAGAUUAAUAAGUUUAUUUAUUGGAUACUAACAGGUGAUAGAUCUUGUAGAGAGUCACCACAUUGUGAAGAUGUCUUGAUAUGAUGCCUUUUCCCUUUAUAUAUUGAAGAUAAUAAUUAAGACAUCCCAAGUUAGUUAGAAAAUGUUUAUUUAUACAAAAGUCAUCAUAGGAUCAUUCAUAAAGUAAAUCUUUCAAUAGCAGAUUCAGAUAUUAUUCAUUUCCUGUUCAUUUCCAGAUAUCAUUUCCUUUCUUUCUAGUCUGUCUUAAGGUGCUAAUUUGAAAUUAAAUGUCUGUAAAAGUUGGUGUAAUAACUACUGAAACAUUGUUCUUUUUUGUGCUUUAGGAAAAGCUUCAUUCCACCCUGUUCUGGAUGAAGAGAUCGAUUAUCUUCAGGGCAUCAUUGAGAAACAGGUAGUCUCGGAGAAUAAACCCCAAAAACAGCGAAAAAAUCCUGGUAAGAACUCGAGAGAGCAGAAUUUCUCAUAUGCAGCAUUUUGUUUUCUUAAAUCCUGCCCCUGAUAAUCUCUAUCUGACAUUUGAUUUUGAAUUAGUGUUUUUUUUUUGUGUGUGUGUGUCCUUCUCCAGCUGCUGCAGCCUCCCAGUCGGACGCUAAAAACAGCAAUACAGAUGUCUCCAGAGGGAAACAGAAAAACCAGGAUCCAGUCUCAAAUAAAACCGUCCCCUUGGUUGGUGCCGCCCCACCUGCACUUACUACGGCUGAAAAACCGACCCCCUUGCCGGGGGCCACUCAAGGUGAUGACCGAGGUGGUCCUGUAGUCGUUCAAUCAUCAAAACACGACGGCUUUUUAUUAAGUAAGUGUGACGACAUCAGCUUUACUGCAGAUGAUCAUAGUAUCUCAAAUAUUACAUCAUUUUCUCUUCUGCACGCUGUAUUAAUCUCUGUAGCUCAUAUUUUUCAUUCACCUGCAGUCCUGAUCUCGCUGUUUGUGGCGGUGGGCGCCAUAGGACUGGUCAUGGCAACCGUCUGUUUAGUCAAGUAAGUGUGGGGACAUCAGUCUUCAGGAAUCAUAGAAGAGCAUUUGAGAAAUUCUCCUAUCACUUUUGAGUUCUUAAUUAUGAGUUUUAUUAGUUUCAUUAGUUUUCCCCAAAUAACCUAAAUUUAUUUUCUUACUAAUGCUUUAUGUGCAUGUGUGAAAUUAACAAGACUAUACAUGAUUUUUUCAUCCAAAAAAAAGUCUUUCUAUUUAUUCCUGCCUUUGAUUUUUUUAUAGCGUGUAAUAGAGGAUAUAUUCUGUUUGACACUGUUUGCCAAAUGCUCACGAACAUUUAUUCAGUUUAUGCUGGUAGUUUCACCCUCAACCUUGGUGUGAAAUCUAAAAACUAGAGGUUAAAUAUAAAAAAUUAAAUAUCAAAUUAAACAAUUAAACAAAUUAAUACAUCCCUGUGAUCAUUGCUAGUUGAAAACUUAAGCUUUUUGAGCAACAAUGAUUAGUUUGAAUUGUUCAGUCUUUUUAAACUAAACUGAUCAUUUUUACAAAUAGGCAAUAAACAGUAGAGUUGUUAUUAUUCUAUUUGUCUUGAGUUGCUGAAAUGUUCAUUAUAAGUGUCAUUAUAUUCCAGUAAUGUGUUUUUUUUUGGUUGCAACAAUGCUGUAAAGUAUUCUGAGAAGUGCUACACUGAGGGUGAUACUUUGUGUGUAACAUAAGCACCCUCUGCUGGGCAGAGUUGAGGGCUGCACCCUGUGUUGUGAUGAUUUGCAGUCAGCUCCACUGAAAUAUCUUGAAUACAGUCAGUUUUUGUCGGUGAAAGAGUGACAACAACAGCAAGUCACAGUCCCUGAGGGUUCAGUACUGAGGAUUUAGGGUGAACAUUAGGUUUAGGUAAAAGACCUUCUUCAGUUUUGCUGCAGGGCUGCAGGAUAUUUUCAUGCUUGAGGCAGGAAACUGUCGUUAGUAGUCCAGAAGUCUAAUAAAACCAACAAUGCCCCCUACAGGUUAAAGAAAGAAUCUCGCAUGGCUCAGAAAGUCGACUACCCAGCCUUCAAAGGGUCGGGCCCUCCUGCUACCGCAGCCAAUGGUUCCUCGGUAUGAGAGAAGCUCAUCUUUCACCCAAAUGCAAAUGUCACAGCUUCCUUUGUUUCCAUUUUGUCACUUCUUCCUCUGCAUAAACCACAAGUUUCUGUUUCACACUUACUUCCUGCUUCUGCUCUGUCCUCAGAUGGGAGAUAAGACUCUGGCCCAGAGCGCUCAAAUGUAUCACUACCAGCAUCAAAAACAGCAGAUGCUCUCAGUUGGAAAGUAAGUCUCUUAGCUACUCCUUUAUUCACCCUUUCCCCUUCCUCACAUGUCAUCAAGAACAUUAAAAAAAGAUCCUGGGACACUUAUUGUCACCUCUUCUUCUUCUGUUUCUGCUACAGUCAAAAACCUGAACAGAAAACCACUGACACAGAGAUCACCUCAGAUGAGGAAGAAGUGGGAGGAGACUUUACAGUAUAUGAGUGCCCCGGACUCGCACCGGUGUGUAGAAAUACACUCACAAUGACACAACCUCUAACCCAAAGACAAAUCAAUUCCUGUUUUUUUUUUUUUGUUUGUUUGUUUUCCACUGAGGAUGAUUUUUAUCUCUUACAGACGGGGGAGAUGGAAGUGAAGAACCCUCUGUUUGAUGACUCCACGCUACAGUACCAGGGAAAUCCAAAGUGAAUGAUAGACACUUUACAACACACACACUCACAUACAUACAUACAUAGACACACACUCAUGCCAUUCCUCUUGAAGAAACCACUUGAUCUUACACUGCAUGCAUUGAAUUGAAAGUUCUGGCAGAGAAAAAGGUGAAAAAAUGAGUCUUUUCUUCUCUUUUACUCUCCACCCUAAUUACCGCUUUUAAAACCACAAAUCUAUGUUUGAUUCCUGAUUGAUUUAUUUCUGAUUGAUUUGAAGAUUUCUUUCUUUUUUUAAUGUACAGUCCCUGUAGCGGUUUCAUCCUGUCAACUCUUUUUACCUUUGUGUUUGUCGUUUUUCUUUUCUUUCUGCAGCUAUUUCUAAAGAAUGUGAUCGCAGACAUGUACAACACACUCUCCCACACACACACACACACACACACACUUACACACAUCCAUACAAAUGCUGAAAACAGGUGCCCUCCCAUGUUUUUGUCAUGCAUAGCUUGUGGCUAAACCACAUUCCCCACAGAGUCCCAGGAAAUAUCUGUAAUCAGAUGGAGGUGAUUCCCAAACCUGGUGCGAGGUUUGACAUUAAAAAUGUAAGCGCUGGUGUUGCUUAUUUUUAUUCUUUAUCCUAUAAGCUGCUUGUAAAGAUUUUAAGAUUAUAGAUUAUGGAUAUAUAUAUAUAUAUAUGAAAAUGAAAUACUUGAUGAUGUCUGUUGCAUGGUUUGACUAUACCGUGUUUAAAUCAUGGCGAUGAUUUUUUUGCCUCUUGUAUGGAGGACUGAUUAUUGAAUGAAAUAUUUAGAAGAAAAGCGAAAAUCCUGCUGUGUAGAUGGUAAACUUCACAAACCCACUCUGUUCUCCGAGCUCAUAUCACUCUCAAGUCAACCCUGUACUGCUAUAUGUACAUACAAAGAGUGAGGUGUUCACUUUUUAUAGAUAUUUGUACAUGCAGACCAAGGUGUGGAAUUAAACUUUUUACCACAUGUGAAAAAUGACUUUGUUAAGGGUUUGUUUGUUUUUGUGUUUGUUUUAUGGCCAACAUCAUGUUCACCCAAUGGUACGCCCCAUGUAUGUGUCUUUAUUUUGGGCAUUUAGUUACUCUAUUGACUUACUAUAUUUUAUCCUACCAGCAAAAUAUACUAACAAUCUGACGAGUGAGAACAUCUCUUUUACUUAGCUUUGAGUGAUUGAACAUCGCUAUUGAGUUUCUGCAUGAUUCUUCCCCCACUUAGCACAGUUUCUCUGCUGGUGACUGGUUAGUCAUCAACCAUGAAUCUUAAGUCUUGUGGAUGGACAGUCACAGAGGUAAAAUCAUCUUAAAAAAACUGCGACAGACUGGAUGUGCUGGUUUUUCUCUCAACUAUUAAUUCAUUUAAAUAAAUUACAGUGAUAUUUUGA